AUGCUGUGUCAAGUUCCUAGACCUCAUGGUUCCAAAAGAAGCCAACCUAGUUGCAGGAAGCCCCAGCAUCUCCCAGUAGGCCUGGGAGUGGACUGCCUGAAAUUGCAAAAAGCUGACCGUGAGUUUAGGUUAGAUUGACUCAAUGAUCUGAUUCUGGCAUUCCUGUAUCAAGUUUCUAAACUGCACAGGGGGAAAAAGGGGGGGGGGAGAGAUACUUGAAAAGUAUUCAUAUAUCAGAAUUCCUGUAAAUCUCCUUGCCCACCCCCCAAUAAUGGCAAAAUUGGGGUUGGGGGCAGAGGCCGGCGUGUGUGUCCUGCAGAACAAAUGAUGCAAAACUAAGAGGGGUCUUUGCAUGACGGCAAAGGUUGUCGUUUGCAUCUAGGCUGCAGGAUUUGCAGUUUCCAAUGCAAAUCUGGCCACAAAAAGAGAGAGCAGAUUUUUCUACAAGGCAGAAUUUGGGGUGUGGGUUCGUUGAGGAAGGGCUGUAGAUAAUUCUAUUCCCUAGAAGGAUUGGGGGUUUCUGCCUCUCUUUUUACAAGAUUAAAAAAACACCUUAAGUCAUGGCUUACCUUCCCUCCUUCCUCUUCCACCCAACUUCAAAGCAUUUUGCCUGUCUCUUUUGCGAGAGAGAUAAAAUGUGUCCUGUUCAUUGCAGUGGGCUGGGCUGGAUGACCCUUGGGGGUCCCUUUCAACCCUGUUGUUGUUGUUGUCGUUUAGUCGUGUCCCCCUCUUCGUGACCCCCUGGACCAGAGCACGCCAGGCACUUCUGUCUUCCACUGCCGGUUCUAUUAUUCUCCUUGCUCCUACAGGGUGCCUACGAGUCAGGCCAGAGACCUCACUCUGGGAGCAGCUCUGUAG